AUGCAGGAUGCUUGUGAUUCUGUAACUGUGCCAAUCUUGGCUGAUAGUAUUAGUAACAAAGGAACUGCAUCAUUUUACAAAACUACUUUCAAUGGCCUAAAUUCUCUUCUAGGGAUCGCUGUUCUAUCAGUUCCAUACGCGCUGUCGUGUGGAGGCUGGGCAAGCUUGAUCCUCCUGCUGGUCAUUUCAAGUGCAACGUGCUACACAGGGCUACUGAUCAAGAAAUGUAUGGAAGCCGAUCCCAACAUAAGAACCUAUCCCGGCAUAGGUGAAAAGGCGUUUGGUGCCAGAGGGAGACUCGUCGUCUCCAUUUUCAUGAAUCUUGAACUUUACUUGCUAGCCAUAGGUUUCCUCAUACUAGUUGCAGAUAACUUGCACAAUUUGUUACCUGAUCUCCAAGUCAGCGUGCAAGGGUGGUUCGUGAUCAAUGGACGUCAAACAUGUAUUCUGUUAGCUGCACUUAUAAUCAUGCCUACUGUUUGGAUAGAUAAUCUUAGCACUCUAUCAUAUGUAUCUGCUACUGGGAUCGUGGCUACCGUUGUCAUAGCAGGUUCAGUUGUCUGGUCGGGGGAGUCUGAUGGAGUUGGAUUUAAUCAGAAAGGAGUGUUCUUCAACUGGAGAGGGCUACCUACUAGUAUGAGUUUAUACACACUCUGUUACUGUAGUCACCCAAUCUUCCCCACUCUCUACACUUCCAUGAGAAACGGAAAACAGUUCAAAUGGGUUUUGAUCGUAUGUUUUGUGAUAAAUACGGGAGUUUGCAUAUCAAUGGCUAUUUUGGGAUACCUGAUGUUCGGUUCACAGCUGCAGUCUCAGAUAACUCUUAACCUUCCUACAAAUACAUUGAGCGCUAAAGUAGCUACAUAUACGGCUCUAGUGAACCCUGUAGCUAAAUAUGCGCUGUUUCUAAAGCCUAUUGUCGAUGCAAUAGAGAGUCGGCUGCUGCCUGUGCAUGGCAAAAGAAUCUGCAGCGCAUUCACAGGAAGUAUGCUGCUAUGCAGCACUGUCCUUGUAGCCCUAACCUUACCUUACUACGAAAUUUUCAUGUCAUUUAUUGGAGCUUUCACAACGGUGAUAGGGUCGAUAUUGCUGCCAUGCUUCUGCUACCUGAGAAUUUGUGGAGCUUGUGUGGAUCUAGGAUUUGAGUUGGUGGUGAUUAGAUCCACUGUGUUGAUGGGGUUUAUUAUUCUUGUUGUUGGUACUUAUACAUGUCUGUUACAGAUAUUUGAGAAUCUAAACAUGUAGCCAGUCAGUAUAGUAUUCAUCAAGAUGUAAUAGGGAAAAACAGCUAUAAGCAUGCAGCACUACACUAGAAUUUUGAACCAAAAUAAUAACAAUAAAUAGUACUCCCUCCGUCCCUCUAUUGUUUAGUUGUAUACCUUUAUUGGCUACAGUUCAUCAAUCUUAUUUCAUCUAUACUUAACACAAUAUUCUUAAUUCCUCUACUACAGAGGGAUGGACGGAGUAGUAGUUGAGUGUAGCAAAACAACUUUGAUGGAGUAUAUUAUAUCACAAAUGAUACUCAUUUAAGGUUCAGGUUUUACAACUAGUAGUCAAAUAUGCACAAAGCACAACAUGAUGAGCUUAGAGUCAUAAGCUAAGAAUAAUCAUGCAUGACAUUGUUCUCUACCAUAAUAGGGUUUAAGUAGUAAUUACCAUGUUAGUAGAUUUUAUUUUUAUUAGAUUUAUAUGUUGUGUAUAUACCUUAUUACCCCUAUAUACAUGAAAUCAUAUUAUUCUCCACAUUUUAUAAUUCUUUGCAUAUCAGAAGAUGAAACAGUAACACAUAACACACUUAAAUCAUGUCCAUUCAAAAAAUUGCACAAACUAUUUUUCUGUUGAACAUAGAAGCAAAAAAAGUAAGAUGGGCCUAUCGCCUCUAAAUGAUUAGUUAGUCCUCUAAUCCUCUUUAAUCUGAAAUUUUUAGGCACAUAAGUAGUGUCUAAUAAGAUGAUUUUACGAAAUAUUUCGUUCUACUAUACUCGGAUAUGAUGAUAUACUGGCAAUUAAGAAACAGCACACCUUAUAAUAAAGUUAGCGACAAUCUGUUUGUGAAAAUGCCAAACAGAAACCGCUCUCCUGCUGAAACGGCCGGGGAAGAUACGACGCCGUUGAACGGAGGCACCGCCGCCGUUAUUCUCCGCCUCGUGUCUCCGUUGAUUCUCUUGAUUUGUUUCGGCUAAGAACUGACAAAGAAACCAGAAAAAAAUAAUUUAUAAAUAAUUCGCACUCGAUACAU